GUUCAUCAUGCCCGCCGCCGGCCAUGUCCACUACCUCGUCGCGGGAGGCUCCGGAGGAGGCGACGACCCCAGGUACCCCUGGACCUUCAAGUCCCUGCACGAGGCGGACGCCGUUGUCCCUGCCAUCGCCCGUGGAGCACCGGUAGAGCCCUACGGGUGCCCCAUCUGCUUCCGCACAUUCGCCAGUGCCAAGGCCGUCCAUGGCCACAUGCGCAGCCACACGGACCGCAGCUGGCGCGGCAUGGAGCCGCCCCGGCCGGAACCUCUCGGCGAGCUCGGGCCGGACGGGCGGCGCUACCCGUACGCGUGUGACCGCUGCAAGAUGCCAUUCCAGACGCGGCAGGCGCUCAGCGGCCACCGUGCCAGCCACAAUGGUAAGAAAGGCUGCUCCUGGCUCGAUAGGGAGGAGGUCGCCGCCCAAGAAGAAGCUCGGAAGCCCGUCGUGUUCGACGUUGAUCUGAACCUUCCGGCUCCAGAGGCAGAGGAACAUGAGGAGUAG